CUAGCUGAGGUGACGCUUCUUUUACUCAUUUUUGUUCAGAGUGGACUGUCGGCCAGCAGCAGCAGCAGCAGCAGCGGCGGAGAGAGAGAAAGAAAGAAAGAGAGAGAGAGGAGAGAAGUGAGGAGAAAUACACACAAGUGUCCCUUCACGAGGAAAAACACCACUCACCUGGAAUAAUCCCAAACGGCUCCGCGUGUUUCGACAGGUUUGCUCCAUCGUUGUUUUUGGUAACCAGAGGCAGGGAUGGCAUUGCAAAUGGGUGAGCCCGAUGGCAUGGUGAGGGUGGCAGAGUGGAAGCAGACGAUGUACAGCACCGACUCGGGCAUCCAGUCUGGAGCCACCACCGUCAGAAGUGACGACGAUGAUUUCACCUCCAAACACUACACCAUGACCACCACCGUCACAUCAGAGCCCAACGUGGACGACCAUCUGACCAGAGCGCAGCGUGUUCGGCUGGCGAUGUUCCCAGAGACGCUGGAGGGCGGCGCCACCAUCACGUCCACCCAGACCGACCCGUCCCAGAUGACCAACGUCCAGAAGCUGGCCGAGCCGUCCCAGAUGCUGAAGACCGCCAUCAUCCACCUGAUCAACUACCAGGAUGACGCCGAGCUCGCCACGCGCGCCGUGCCGGAGCUCACCAAGCUGCUCAACGAUGAAGACCAGGUGGUGGUCAGCAAGGCAGCACAGAUCGUUAACCAGCUGACACGCAAAGAGGCGUCGCGGCGUGCGAUGAUGCAGUCGCCUCAGAUGGUGGCGGCGGUGGUGCGGGCGAUGCAGAACACCAGCGACAUGGAGACGGCUCGGGCCACGGCCAGCAUCCUCCACAACCUGUCCCACCAGAGAGAGGGCCUGCUCUCCAUCUUCAAGUCUGGAGGCAUCCCCGCUCUGGUCCGCAUGCUCAGCUCUCCGAUGGAGUCUGUGCUUUUCUACGCCAUCACCACGCUCCACAACCUGCUGCUGCACCAGGAAGGAGCCAAGAUGGCCGUCCGUCUGGCCGACGGCCUGCAGAAGAUGGUUCCCCUGCUGAAGAAGAGCAACCCCAAGUUCCUGGCAAUCACCACAGACUGUCUGCAGCUGCUGUCCUACGGCAACCAGGAGAGCAAGCUGAUCAUCCUGUCCAACGGGGGUCCUGAGGGUCUCGUUCACAUCAUGAGAAACUACAACUAUGAGAAGCUGCUGUGGACCACAAGCCGUGUGCUCAAAGUCCUCUCUGUGUGCCCCAGCAACAAGCCCGCCAUUGUAGAAGCCGGUGGGAUGCAGGCUCUGGGGAAACACCUGUCGGGCUCCAGCCAGCGCCUGAUGCAGAACUGUCUGUGGACGCUCAGGAACCUGUCUGACGCCGCCACCAAGCAGGACGGGAUGGACAGCCUGCUGCAGACGCUGGUGGGUCUGCUCAGCUCAGACGACCUCAACAUGCUGACCUGCUCCACCGGCAUCCUGUCCAACCUCACAUGCAACAACGCCUACAAUAAGACUCUGGUCACCCAGGGCAACGGCGUGGAGGCACUGAUCCACGCCAUAUUGCGUGCGGGAGAGAAGGAGGACGUGACCGAACCUGCCGUCUGCGCUCUACGCCACCUGACUUCACGCCACCAACAAGCUGAGGUGGCGCAGAACGCCGUGAGGAAACACUACGGCAUCCCCGCCAUCGUCAAGCUGCUCAACCAGCCCUACUACUGGCCCGUCAUCAAGGCUGUGGUGGGCCUGAUCCGUAACCUGGCCCUGUGCCCGGAGAACCAGGCCCCUCUGAAGGACGCUGGAGCGAUCCCCCGCCUGGUCAACCUGCUGCUCAAAGCCCACCAGGACGGCCAGAAACAAGGCUCAAACACCCUGCAGACGUACCAGGAUGGAGUGAAGAUGGAGGAGAUUGUGGAGGGCGCCACAGGAGCGCUGCACAUCCUGGCCAGAGAUCCCGUCAACAGAGCCGAGAUCGCCGACCUGCAGACGAUUCCCCUGUUUGUUCAGCUGCUCUACUCUCCCGUGGACAACGUGAAGCGCGUGGCGGCAGGCCUCCUGUGCGAGCUCGCCCUGGACAAGCGGUCGGCUGAGAUCAUCGACAGCGAGGGCGCCUCGGCUCCGCUGAUGGACCUGCUGCAUUCCAACAACGAGGGCAUCGCUACCUACGCUGCUGCUGUGCUCUUCCGCAUCUCCGAGGACAAGAACUCCGACUACAAGAAGCGAGUGUCCGUGGAGCUCACACACACUCUGUUCAAGAACGACCCCGUUGGCUGGGAGAUGGCCCACAACAGUGUCAGUGCUGGCCCCAACAUGGACGGACCCUAUCCAGAUGAGCUGGACGCUGGUUUCCAAGGUUACGGAGGGUAUCCAGGUGACAUGCCCAUGGACGGCAUGGACGCAGGGAUGAUGCAGGACGAAUACGGAGCCAGCAUGGCCUACGACAGACAAAUGUACCCCGCUGAAUAUUAAAGACCCCUGAGGAGACAAGAAGGUGGACAAGGAAGCGGAGGAGCUGACCUAAUGGGACAAAGAAGAAAAUCUAGUCGUCAGUAGAGUUUUUGGCUCUGCUCUCAGCCUGAUGUAAUAUAUGCAAUUAUCACUGAGUACGGGACUCAUAAUCUUAACAGGGCUCAACUUUGUUUUAUAGCAUAAUUUUGCUGAUUAUAACUAUGACGAUGCUUGUAGGUUUCUGUUAGAGAACCUUUUAAGAGUGUGUGUGUUUGUGUGUGCGCAUGUGAGUGUGUUCGAGUGUGUGUGUGUAUGUGUGUGUUUACGCUUUCGGGUGGGUAUUCUAUGCCAAAGAGAUUUUAUUUUGUGAUGAUAAUCGUGUAGCUUCCUUCUUUUCUUUUCUUUCUUUCUUUCUUUCUUUCUUUUUUUGUAAGAGAAAAAGGAAAAAAAAAAAAGAGAAUAAUAGUUGAAAACACUGCCACGGUGCACCUGCUCACCGCUCGGUUUCUUUCUUAACGCCUUCGUAACAGACACUGCUGUCUACGCUGUAGUUUUGACACUAUAUACUGUCAACUUUUCUCCCGCUGUGACACAAGAGUCGGUGAAGAGUUAGUCGACACGGGCUCGUUCUUUCUCGCGGCACUAAUUCAGUAGGAGGGAACGAACGAGGACAUGUGAUCAGCUGUAGGGGAACAAGAUAAUGUACAAGUUUGUUUUUAGGAAAUGUUUUUCUUCUUUUAUAAGUUAUUCACGGGGAUACUUCACUUUAUCCGGCAUUACCAGAUUAUUAACGAAGCUUGUUAGGAAGUGAAUUAGAAGAGAAGAAUGGUAUGUGAGUGUAAACAGAAAACGACGGAGUCAUUAGUCGGCGUGUGAUGAUGUCAUCGGGGGCGGCCCUACAGCUGGAGCAAACUACUGACAGGGAAAUUUGUCUUUCUACUUAAUAAGAGUUUUUACUGAAAUUUUGUUUAAUAAAAAUAAAGGAUA